CCACUAUUUAACCGCACGGCCGCCGCGCAACGACCUGUUGUGAUCCCGUCAUGGCGCGCUACGCCCGUGUCGCUACUUUGGCCGCGUGUCUCUUGUUUGCCUGCGCUUUGGCCGAUGGUCACCGAUGGCGGCGGCAGGCGGAUGACGCAGCGAAGAAAGACGACAGCUUGGAGCAAGAGCUAUGCAAGGACAAGGACGCAGGCGAGUGGUUCCGGCUGGUGGCCGGCGAGGGCGACAACUGUCGCGACGUCAUCCAGUGCACCGCCUCGGGUAUUCAAGCUAUCCGAUGCCCAGCUGGUUUGUACUUUGACAUCGAGAAACAGACUUGCGACUGGAAGGACGCAGUGAAGAACUGCAAGCUGAAGAACAAGGAGCGCAAGGUGAAGCCUUUGUUGUACACGGAGGAGCCGCUCUGCCAGGACGGGUACCUGGCCUGCGGAGACUCCACCUGCAUCGAGCGGGGGCUCUUCUGUAACGGAGAGAAAGACUGCGCCGACGGCUCCGAUGAAAACUCUUGUGAUAUCGACAAUGACCCUAACAGGGCGCCCCCUUGCGACCCUAGUCAGUGCGUGCUCCCCGACUGCUUCUGCUCGGAGGACGGUACCGUCAUCCCCGGGGACCUACCCGCUAGGGACGUGCCCCAGAUGAUCACCAUCACUUUCGACGACGCCAUCAACAACAACAAUAUUGAAUUGUACAAAGAAAUUUUCAAUGGGAAACGUAAAAAUCCCAACGGGUGCGACAUUAAAGCCACCUUUUUCAUCUCCCACAAAUACACGAACUAUUCUGCUGUACAAGAGACACAUCGCAAAGGACAUGAAAUAGCUGUUCACUCUAUCACGCACAACGAUGACGAACGUUUCUGGAGCAACGCUACGGUCGACGAUUGGGGCAAGGAAAUGGCGGGCAUGAGGGUCAUCAUCGAGAAGUUCUCAAACAUCACCGACAACAGUGUGGUGGGUGUGCGCGCUCCCUAUCUGAGGGUGGGCGGCAACAAUCAGUUCACGAUGAUGGAGGAACAGGCCUUCCUGUACGACAGCACGAUCACCGCACCUCUCUCGAACCCUCCCCUAUGGCCCUACACAAUGUAUUUUAGAAUGCCUCAUCGUUGUCACGGAAACUUGCAGAGCUGCCCGACGCGUAGCCAUGCUGUGUGGGAAAUGGUUAUGAAUGAACUCGAUCGUCGUGAAGAUCCCAACAAUGAUGAAUAUCUUCCUGGAUGUGCUAUGGUUGACUCGUGCUCCAACAUCUUGACCGGAGAUCAGUUCUACAACUUCCUGAAUCAUAACUUUGACCGUCAUUAUGAACAAAACCGUGCUCCAUUAGGAUUAUAUUUCCAUGCAGCGUGGUUAAAGAACAAUCCUGAAUUCCUGGAAGCUUUCACUUAUUGGAUUGAAGAAAUCCUGCAGAACCAUAAUGACGUUUACUUCGUAACUAUGACACAAGUUAUCCAGUGGAUUCAGAAUCCACGCACUGUUACCGAAGCUAAGAACUUUGAGCCAUGGAGAGAAAAGUGUGCUGUUGAGGGAAAUCCCGCCUGCUGGGUGCCCCACUCCUGCAAGCUUACAUCCAAAGAGGUCCCCGGAGAGACCAUUAACCUGCAAACGUGUUUGAGGUGCCCCGUCAAUUACCCCUGGCUCAAUGACCCUACGGGCGAUGGCCAUUAUUAGGAGCCACGAUCUCGCGCCUUCAGCGCAUAAAAUUAGUUGAUAUAUGAAUUUUUUGUGAAAUGCAAGGAUGACAUAUCUAUAGCACUGAAAAAAGAUUUAGUUCACAGUGCCAAUAUGGUUGGCUUUAAGUAUGUUAUUCUGUAAUUUCCAAGUGUACCGGGUCAUAAUCCCGCCCGUAGUCUAAGUACCUACCUAUGUAAUAUAGACUCACAUAAAUAUUUAAUAAGUCUGUUUAAUACUUAUGUGAUCUUCGAAUGUAAGUCUGUUUGAUAAAUUUUAAAAUAUAAAAUAGUAAAAGUC